GCCCCGCGCCGCCGCACGGGCCUGCGGCUGCCCAAGAUGGCGGACCGGCGGCGGCAGCGCGCGUCGCAGGACAGCGAGGACGACUCGGACUCGGCCGCUUCCGACAGCGCCGACUCGGCCGCCAGCGCCGCCCGCUCCCGGUCGGCGUCCGGCUCCGCUUCGGGAUCCGGUUCUCCUCGACCGUCACAGCGACCGCCGCGAGGCGCCGCCGCGGCCCUCAGCGCUGGGCCGCGGGGCCGCGGGGCCGAGAGCGCUGCGGGGGGAGCGGCCAAGAGCGCGCCCGAGUCCGAGUGUGAAAGCGAGGAUGGCAUUGAAGGAGAUGCUGUGCUCUCGGAUUACGAAAGCGCGGAAGACUCGGAGGCAGAAGAAGAGGAUUACAGCGAGGAGGAAAGUGCCAAAGUGGAACUGAAGCAGGACAGUAAUGAUUCCUGUGAGUCAGCAGCAAAAGCAGAGAAAGGGGAUGAGAAACCUGACUCCAAAGGUGCUGUGACCGGGGAGAGGCAAAGCGGGGACGGGCAGGAGAGCACUGAACCUGUCGAGAAUAAAGUUGGGAAGAAAGUUCCCAAGCACCUGGAUGACGACGAAGACCGGAAGAACCCGGCCUACAUCCCACGCAAAGGGCUGUUCUUCGAGCACGACCUCCGAGGGCAGACGCAGGAGGAGGAGGUCAGGCCCAAGGGCCGCCAGCGGAAGCUGUGGAAGGACGAGGGCCGCUGGGAGCAUGACAAGUUCCGGGAGGACGAGCAGGCCCCCAAGACCAGGCAGGAGCUGAUUGCCCUUUAUGGCUAUGACAUCAGGUCAGCUCACAAUCCCGAUGACAUCAAGCCCAGGAGGAUGCGCAAGCCAAGGUUUGGGAGUCCUCCUCAGCGAGACCCAAACUGGUCCAACGAGAGACCAAGCAAACCCCCACGGCACCAGGGUGCUGACAGCACUCUGGCUCCCCCACGAACCUUCAGCAACAGGAGCUCUGCAGGCACGGGCAGGAUGCCCCCCCCGAGGAUAUACCCACGGAUGGGGGGCUACAAAGAGACCCGCCCAGGCUACCGAGCAUCAGAAGCAAGUGCCCAGCAUCUCUCUCGAAACGGUGAGCCAGUGAAACAGGAGAGUGGCUACCGAGCCAAGCGAGGCGAGCAGAGCCCACCGAGGGACAAGUCACCCGAGGUGGAUGCGGCACGUGUCCACAGCAGCCCCGGGAAGGAAGACAUGGGUUUAGAAACCCAACCCACAGCUGCUGAUGCUGCGCAGCCACCGCCAGACAGGCCUGUUGAAAAGAAGUCUUAUUCCCGGGCAAGAAGGACCAGAAUGAAAGCUGGGGAUGCUGGGAAGCUGCCAGAUGAAACAGCUUCUUCGGAAGGGCUGAAUCCUGCACCUCCAAAACCUUUGCAAGCCGAGACAUCCCCCCCACCAGCCAAGAACUCCAGCUGGGAGUCGCCAGUAGAACCCAGCUUGGAUGGACUGGAGCAGGAGAUGGCCCAAGUGAACCUGACAGAGCAGAGCUGGGCAGCGGGGCAGUCGCAGUUCAUACAGCCCCGGGAGCUGAGGGGUAUUCCUAACCAUAUGCACGUGGGAACUGGGCCACCACCUCAGUUUAACAGGAUGGAGGAAAUGGCAGUGCAGGGGGGCCGUGUGAAACGCUACUCGUCGCAGCGGCAGAGACCUCCGGUGCCGGAGCCUGCUCCCCCCAUGCACAUCAGCAUCAUGGAAGGGCACUACUAUGACCCAAUACAAUUCCAGGGACCAAUCUACACCCACGGCGAGAACCCAGCCCCGCUGCCACCCCAAGGAAUGAUCGUGCAGCCAGAAAUGCAUCUCCCUCAUCCAGGUUUACAUCCCCACCAGACAGCAGCCCCUAUGGCAAACCCUGGCCUCUACCCUCCACCAGUCUCCAUGCCCCCUGGCCAGCCCCCACCACAGCAGCUGAUUGCACCAACUUACUUCUCCCCUCCUGCAGUCAUGAAUUUUGGGAACCCUAGCUACCCCUACGCCCCAGGAGCACUCCCCCCUCCACCUCCUCCUCAUCUCUAUUCCAACACGCAGGUCCAUCCUAAGCCAAGGACACCUUGAAAAUUGCUUUGGAAGUCCUUUGUGCUUGAGAUGGAGGCAGGAGGCUGGAAACUGUUGGAACCAGACGGGAGAUCCCCCGGCAUGGGGACGGCUUUCCCUGCUCCACCUCUGGCCUCGGGUCUGCAGGAGCUGCUGGGCAGCAAGGAGGCAGAUGUCCUUCCCUCCCUGCCUCCGAGGAGGCAGCUCUCUGCCUCUCCCUCCCCCUCUGAGGAGGCAGAUCUCUCUCUCCCCCUCGCUGGGAGGAGGCAGCUCUCUGCCGGUGCUGUGGUGGGACCCGCGACUUCGGUGGCCGCUGUGCAGCAGCACACGGCUGACACUCAGUGGCGAGUGAGAGAUGUGCACACUCCCUGCACCCUAUAACCUUUCUCACCUUCCCUGCUCCCCCCUGCCCCAUCGGGGGAAUCGACCUGGUUUGGGGGCAAAUCUCAAGCCCCCGGGCAAGCUGGAAGGGAUCUUGGUGUGAAGAGGAGCUGUUAACUGCCUUGUCCGUGCAGAAAAAAAAAGGCCUCUGCUGCUGUUGCAAAGCACAGGCGUGAUCUGGCAGUUGGGAAGCUCAGUGGGGGGAAGGGGAAACCCAUCUGCUGCAAAUUUCAGGCUGUACCUGCCCACACUGCCAAGACCCUGGCAAGGGGUAGGGGAAGCUCCUGGGAGCUGUGAGUGCUGCUGUUGGCUGUAUCUUUGGGGAACAUGGCACAAAUCAUCCCCCAGCCCUUUUCAGUGCUGGCUGGGGGCAUCUUUUCACAGCCCAGGGCAAUGCUGUAAAGGCUGUCUGGGGCACAGGGUGCUCUGACAGAAGGUGCAGCUCUCUCACUCCCCCCAGAUGCAAAGAGCACUGACCCUUCUGCUCUCUCUGGGGAGCACAGGCCCAGUCCCAGGUGUACGGAGGGGUCACGUACUACAACACUGUCCAGCAGCAAGUGCAGCCCAAGCCUUCACCACCUCGAAGGACAUCC